GAAAUAUUCAAUAAAUUAAAAAAAAAGCAGUAGCCUUUGUAUUAUUAUUUCCUUUAAAAGUAAAUCGAAAUUUGAAGUGAAUCAAAGUAAAACAGAAACAUGGCCCGUCGUAAAAACAAGGAACAAAUGCUGAUGGAAAUGUUUAAGCGGCCCCAAAAAGUGGAGCCUCGGCAGACGCUGGGAAAUCAGAAAAAGCCGAAUCUGAAACGGAGAACAAUAAAUGCAGCGGCUGCGGCGAAAAGAUACAACUUUCCUCGAACUUUAAAGAGGAGGGUUAUCCGGCAGAUUUGCAGAUUGCCACCGGAAACGUGCAAUCAGAAGACGCAAGCUCAGGUGAUGUACUUCAAUUCGAACUACGGAAGGAAUAAGAACGCUAGUCUCAGCCCAAAAGAUUGUCACGAGCCAACUUGUCCCAAAGCUCUCAGUGCCCUAAAAGCCAAAGAAAAUCUGCGUAUGAGUCCUGCAUCAAGGCAGAGAUCGCAAAAAAGCAAAAGAAAAUGCCCUUAAGUCUUCGAAGCCAUUUUUAAUUCCUAUAAAAAUGGACAAGGAUUCCAUGAAUAUUGUAAUGAUCGCCAUGAUCCUGUGAAUUUUUGUAUACAAUUUUACAUGUACCUAAAAGCCUUGUGAAAAUAUAACUUGAUGUAUGCAGCUUU